AUAGUCGGGGGGUUUGACGUUUAACUUCAUGAGCCGCGACCUUCUAUGGGUCCAUAUUUACAUGAAUUUGGUAACGAACCAAAAUUCUGUUCUAAAUCACUCCUAGCCUGGAGGCACUACAAGUUAUCCAACUCCGUAUGCCGCAAUGCUUUCUCGUCGUCGCCAGCGUCAAGCUGAAUGGGAAGAAAGAAUAGCACGGGAACAAGCGGAGUUCCAGGAACUAGCCUGUCAAGUGUUUGGAUUGCCUCUGUCAACUAUCCCUGGAGCCAUUGGUAAAGUUGAAAGUUGGUGGUGUCAGCAAUAUCAAUGGUUGAAGGAAACUGGAUACUUGUUGCGCCCGCGAUACGCGCCUGGCUGGGUUCCGUCAUGGCAAGAUACCAAGAAGCGGUGGGUAGAGUGCGAAGACAGCCAAGUGCCUGCUAGGGAUCAUGUGUUGGAUGCGACUCGAAUGGCCGAUGGAGUCUUUGUGACUUUGAAGUUAAUCACAAAGUCUCGACAUCCAUACGAGAUUGAGAUUGGUCGCCUAUUUUCGACCGAACCACUUGUCUCUGACCUUUAUAACUACUCUGUACCACUCUAUGAUGUGCUUGAUGUGCCGGAUGACGAGGAUCAGGCCCUCUUGGUCAUGCCAUUAUUGCGGCCAUUCCAUCGCCCUCGCUUUGAUACUUGCGGUGAAGUAGUAGAUUUUUUUCGUCAGCUAUUUUUGGGGUUGCGAUUUAUUCACAAACAACAUGUUGCACAUCGUGACUGUAUGGGCCCCAAUGUUAUGAUGGAUGCGACCCCUCUGUACAUCGAUCCUUAUCAUCCUCAAGAUUUGGACAUGAGACGCGACUUCAGUGGCAAGGCUAGAUACUUCACUCGUACUGAGCGCCCACCAAGGUACUUUUUCAUCGACUUUGGUAUAUCCCGCCGUUAUGCCGCUGACAACAACGCUCCCCUGGAAUACCCCAUAUGGGGAGGUGACAAGACUGUUCCCGAGUUUCAAAAAGCGGACGAUGCUUGUAAUCCGUUCCCCACAGACAUCUAUUAUCUAGGAAAUAUGAUCAGGGAAAACUUUCUUCUGAAAAAACGCGGACUCGAGUUUAUGUUACCUCUUGUGAAAGACAUGGUACAAGAUGACCCAGUAAAGCGGCCUACUAUGGAUGAAGUCGUUGCGCGCUUUAACGAGAUCCUCAAGGAACUCAGCAGUUGGAAACUGCGAUCACGCGUCAUCUACAAGGAGGAUGGUAACAUCGAAGGCCUUUAUCAUGGUGUUAUUCAUUGGACGCGUCGCAUCAGCUAUAUAGUUAGGAGGGUAUCAGCGAUACCUGAACGCUGAAACCCUUAUACGGUCUCUAUCGUUAUUCUGGAUACACCUACUAGUGCUUAUGGUUCUGUUCGAGGAACUGAGUUCCUAGCUUCUCCAGUGUACUUCGAGGCUGCUUCGUGUAGUUGCUUAUGAAUGUGUCGUUGACUCGUUU